UGAGCGCACAUACAGACACAACGUAUAGACAUACCUGUUUGACACUCCUUGCAAUAAUUGGUGUCAAGGUUUUUUCAUUCGAUCACCUCACCAAAUAACAUAAUAGAUCUUGUGCUAAGUUUACAUUACACACAGAUAUAUUUACGCUUGAAGGCACACGAGCACACACACACACACACACACAAACACGAGAUGAUAACCACUCCUGUAUAUAGUAUAUAAUAAACUUCGCGAUUAUUGUCACACAAAUGCAUUGAAGUGGUUGUUUCAACAAGCUGAACUUUCCACACACAGAAAGAUCUCAGACAGGAAUCGAAACCUAAUUAUUAACUCUGCAAAUUUCAUUUAAAAGACAUGGCCUUUGAUAAGAAUAUAAGUAAAAUUAUGCUUAGUGACAUUUAAUAUUUUAAAGGAUUUAUUCGUAAAAAUUCACAUAAGAUCAACGAAACAAAUUCAUGGGGUCUGACAUAUCUGAUGGCUGCUUGUCAAGCGGGAAACAUAGAUUUGAUAAAUUCCUUAAUAGAAGCCGGGUCUGAUUUAGACAUGAAGGACAGAGAUGAUUGUACAGCAUUUCAUUAUGCUGUGAGUGGCAAGCAGCAUACUGUGGUGCCACUGAUAGCCUCCAAAGGGGCCAAUGCAGAGAAAUGCAACGCCCAGGGCAACAGUCUUCUCCAUCUGGCGGUGGAGACGGGCUGUAAAGAUAUGGUGAAAGCAGUAUUACAUGUCACUGAAAAUAAGAGUGUACAGAUCAAUAAACAAAACGUGAACGGUGACACACCUCUACUUCUGGCUUGUCACAGGGGUAACACAGAAGUCAUUCAACAACUUCUCUUGUAUAAACCUGAUGUUAAUCUGGAGAAUAAACAUAAUAACACGCCGCUACACUGGGCCUGCAGUUGGGGAUUUAAAGACAUUGUUGAACAACACUUGCUGUUUGAUGCCGACGUCAAUAAGAAAGAUAUAUAUCACUACACCCCUCUACACUGGGCCUAUGAUAGUGGACAUCUUGAAGUUGUUCAACAGCUCCUAUGGUCGAGCAAGUGCUGUUCAAAAACUUCCUUAACUAAAGCUGAUGUCAAUGCUGUGGAUUCAGACGCUGUUACAGCUCUACAUGUGGCCUGUGGACUUGGAUACGAAAAUAUUAUUAAAGAACUUCAAAUACCUGAACUUAAAGUCAAUGCGAAAGAUAUUAAAUAUGGUGACACACCUUUACACUGGGCCUGUCGCAGUGGACACAAACAAGCUGUUCAACAACUUCUGAAAUCUAAUCCUGAUGUUAAUCUAAGGAAUAUAGAGGGCAACACACCUCUACACCUGGCAGUUCUAAAACAACACUACGAUGUGGUGGCUUUGAUGCUGGCCCAGAGUCAAGUGGAAUUGGAUAUCAAGAACUGCAACAAAAUGACACCCUUGCUUCUAGCUGUCUCCGAGGGUCAUCUCGGAAUGACCCACAAGCUAGUUUUACAUAAAGCUGAUAUAAAGGCGGUUGAUGCAGAUAAUAAUAACUGCCUGCACCUUGCUGUGAAGAAAGGGGUAUUUCAUUCUGAGGACGAGACCGUAGAGAUUUUAGAUAAGUUCUACAAUAUGCUUAAUUUGAGCAAAAAAGAGAGGCGAUCUGGCACAAUCGUUGCUAUGUAUCUAGCCUAUUCUGGAGGAAACUUUCACCAUAAAAACAAAAGUGAUGAGACCCCACUGGAUCUCAUCGAAUAUCCAGUUUUAAAGCAGAAAAUGAAAACGCUUUUCCCAUCGCUAUGUCUGCUGUGUGAAGUUAACGAACCUACAGUGAAGUUCCAACCAUGUGGACACACCGUUACAUGCAAAGAUUGCUGUUUAAAAGUUCAGCGUAAAACUUGUCCAAAGUGUCAACAGAUUAUAGUUGAGAAAAGCGGAUUCGGGACUCCAAAAUCAGAGAACAAGGAAGUUCAGAAACCAGCACAUCCUUCAGAAAGUAAAGUACUGCCAACUAAGUGUUCAAAGUUGGAGGCGAAGUGUCUCCAAGUAAGGGUAGAGAAGUCAAAGUGUGAAUGGCAGGAAGUUGAAAGUUCAACGCUGGAGGAAAAGCAUCUUCUGAAAGUGGCUGAGAGCUGAGAAGGAAAUGGUGGCACGUUGGUAGGAUUUUAGGAAUUAAAAGUGUCCAGUUGGAAAUUAUCAAGCAUGACAACCCUGGUAACACCGAAGUAAAGGGUUUCCAGACGCUCCGCAAAUGGUUUACAGCCUGUGAUCCUGAGAAACGCACAUUGAAAACACUCAGAGAUGCUCUUCUGGAAGCUGAGUGUUUUGAAGCACUCGAAUGUCUACCGCAAACAGAGUGAAUUUCUGUGUAGAUAUUGUUGUUUAGUCCCAAAUCAACCAAACAUAGACCUAUGAUCAAACGCAUUCCAGCCAUGACCAUCCUGUCUUUAUCCCUAACGUAGAGGAGCCAGAAACACAUUGUCCAGUGUAUUCUUCUUUAAGGUGACAAGAUGUGAUUAGUGGUGGAUUUGGCUACUACUUCUAGUAGAACUCUCUGCCACAAAGAAAUUCCUUUACUUGUUUGGCUUCUGUGUUGUUAGAUGUUAACUUUUGAAAUAAAGAUAAACUUUGA